AUGGACAUGGAUCUUGAUGAAUAUUCUGAAGAAACUUACAAGCAUUCGGUACUUAGACUUGCUGGUUCCAAAACUAUUGUGACUGAUGAUCUGAAAGAUGAAUAUUUUAAGAAAAAAACUAUCAAUGCAAUGAUCUCUCUUUUGAAAGGUGCAGUCAAUAAAAUUAAUGGAACUCAUCAGCAACCUGGUUCUAAUUUACUAGCCAUGAUGGGUCAAGGACCUUUGCGUAAAGCAAAAGAUACUGUUGGUAUUUAA